CUUCCUUUUACGGCGCCAGUUAUUUAAAGAUUCCCCUACAAGAUGCCCAAAGCACGACUUACAUCUACUUCAAAUUCCGCACUUACAGAGCUAACGCUUUCCUGUUCCUUGCCGCUGGGUCCAGUGACUAUUGCCUGCUUGUUCUCGAAAAGGGAGAGAUUCAGGUUCGAAUUAAUCUUGGAGCUGGUGAAGCUGUACUUUCAUCCACACCUGGUCUCAGCCUGAAUGAUCUGUUGUGGCAUGAAGUUGAACUGCAUCGAACCGAUGCGGAAUUAACGCUCAUCAUCGACAGUCUUCACACUACGUAUUUGGAUAUACCUGGCCGAUUUUUUGAACUGAAUGUCAAAUACGGUGUCUUCAUUGGUGGAGUGGGAGGAUUCAAUGAACUUUUCCUCGGUAAUAUUCCUAAUUUCCGAGGCUGCAUCGAUGACAUCCUUUUCAAUAGCCAUGAUAUCCUCAAGAUAGCGGCGACAUCAUCGUCUUCAGAUGAGCACAAUGUAUUUUCUGUUAGCUGGAAUUGCAGCGACGAGUUUGAAGCCUUAUCAAAUCAAGCCAUCAGCUUCAUGGAAAAAGGUUCCUUUCUUGCACUGCCUCCUUGGAAUGCCCGAAAUGGUGGUUCGGUCUCCCUCGAUGUCAAGACGCAAACACAUUCUGCUGUGCUUUUUUAUAACGCUGGAGUGCCUUUGAAAUCUGAUUUCAUCUCUUUAGAGAUACUGGAUGGUAAAACAGUGAUGUCUGUCAAUGAAGGAAAUGGUGUGGUCAUGCUUCAGUCUGACAUCACUGUCAGCGAUGGAAUCUGGCAUCAUGUGGACGUCCAGUUUAGUCAGUCAUACAUCGAAAUCGUUGUCGAUGGCCAUAUGAAAAACUUACGUCCAGGUCUUGGCGAUAACCGCUUCUUUGAUUUGUCUGGCUUCUUCUAUGUUGGUGGCAUCGAACUUAGUAAACAGUCACGUGCCUUACAGGAUGGCCUGCAGUCCAUCUUAAUGGAAGGUGCCGAGUCUUCCCUUAAAGGCUGUAUUAAAAACGUGAAAGUAAAUAAUCAGUUAGUUGGAUUCAGAGAAGCCGAAGUAACACACCGAGUGCAACCAGACUGCUCUUGGGAAUAUACGUGCCUGCAAGAUCCUUGCGUACCUGAAGCAGAGUGCUACCAAGACGGUGUUGACAGUUUUCGCUGUAUUUGUGAACUUGAUAACUGCAUUCGGGCAAAUUUUUCCUCGAGUUACAAACUAUUUACAAAGUCUUCCAAACCUAUAGAUUUAGAAGUGCUGAAUCUCCAGCCUUUGGUGAUAUCCGAGGGUGGAAGUGACCUUAUCACGUCUACCCACAUCCGUGUUAUUUUAGAUUAUCAAAAAUAUGGAAUAAGAGAAUCAGGAGUUAUCUUUCAUAUCGUGGAAGCGCCAAAACAUGGCUCUUUGGAAAUCGAAAUUUGGCGGAGGACAGUGGACAAUAUUUUUACCCUUCUGGAUCUUAAUACAGACAAAGUGAGAUAUUCACACGACGGCUCAGAGACUAAGUCAGAUGCUGUGGUUUUCGAUCUUGAAUUUCGAGCGCGAAAUUUCAGACUUCCGUCAUUUCUCGAAGAAAAACAUCGCUUCGUCUUCCAUAUUCAGGUGAUUCCAGUGAACGAUCCUCCUAAAUUAAAAAUACCGCCUGAAAGAGUAUUCAGGUUAGCCAAAUUCACUAGGAAAACUAUUACGUCAGACCUUCUAAAUGCAGAAGAUCCCGAUAAUUUGCCAAGUGAUCUUGUAUAUACUGUACUAAAUUUAGGAUCUCCAGAAUCCGAAGGAUUCAUAGAAAAUGCAAAAAACCCAGGCAAAAGCAUUGAUACUUUCACUCAGGCUGACAUUAAUGAUGGUGUCAUUAGCUACAACAACAAAGGUGCAGGUAAUGUCAGGGUUGCAAUACGUAUUUCAGAUGGUAUCCAAUCAGACCAGACAACGUCAAUGUUCCGAAUUGCACCAUUUGACUUAGAAAUAACUUUAAUGAAUAAUACUGGGAUUAUAUUGCCUUAUGAUUCAUAUGCCUUGAUUUGCUCUGAUAAUUUAACUUUCAUUGAUAAUGCUCCAGAUCAGAACCUAGAAAUACGAUACAAUGUAACAAAGUUGCCUCAAUAUGGAAGCAUUCAAAGAUUGCGUAAUAAUGAUCGAUGGUAUACUGUUAAUCAUUUUACACAAAGACAGCUCAAAAAGGAAAAACUGCGAUAUAUUCACAUAAAUGGUAGACCAGCAUAUGAUGAAUUUAAAUUUAAAGUUUCUUCUGGUGAUGUAAAAUUCCCAACUGUCUAUGAUUUUAGGAUAACAUUCAUCGCAAUUGAUUUGAGACAAGUAAAUAACGUAGAACUUAUUCUCAACAGAAAACUGGACAGUCAUAUAAGUGAGUCUGAAUUGAAAUACGAAACAUAUCCCAUUGCAACGUCUGCAGAUCAUAUAACAUACGUAUUGCAGUCCCUUCCUUCGUAUGGAAAUCUUAUCUUGUUUCAAUCUGGUGACUCUGAACCUCGUCACAAAAAGCUGGAAGUUGGCUCCAUCUUUACUGAAAACGACAUCAUUUCAAAAAGAGUAAAGUAUAAGUUGCACCGGAAAAGUUAUUCAGUUAUAGAAGAUCGUUUUACAUUCAAAGUGUCUUGCCCUGGAGGUGUGACAUUGUUAUCUCAAGAAUUCAGAAUUAAGCAUAUACCUGGCGAAACAGAAGCAGUAGUAAUUAACGAAAAGAUAACUGUACUGGAAGGUGGAACUUCCACUAUUGGUCCCAGUGAACUUCAUAUUGAAAUUCCGUCUGCUUCAGAUAUCAUCUAUAACAUCACAACAUCCCCGAGGCAUGGUAUUUUGAAAAAAUUAAGCCUUGAUCUCUCAGAAGUUGAAGAGGAAAACGUCCAGCUUAUAACUGGUAGCGACAUUUCUCAGAGCAGGUUGAUUUAUGUUCAUGACGACUCAGAAAACCAAAGAGAUAUGUUUCAUUUUGUGGCAUCUGCUGCAGGUGAUAACAGUGAUAGCUUUGUUUAUUAUGGGACUGUACACAUUCACGUGAUUAUGAAAAAUGAUAAUCCGCCAACAAGAGCAAUAGACAAAGUUUUCAAUGUCGUCCUCGAUGGCGAACGAAAACUGACAGGUAGAGACUUGAAGUAUGUAGAUCCUGAUAUCGAUUCGACCCCUUCUGAUAUUCAAUACACAAGAAGAGGUAUUCCAAACGGUGCAUUGUUUCAUGUUGACGAUAUGUCAACUCAAGUUUACCAAUUCACGCAAGUGGAUCUGAACACGGGAAAAAUAGUAUUUCGCCACAGUGGCGCCCCUUAUGCCAAAGCUGUGCUUAGGAUAACAGAUGGUAAAUUUUAUGCAACUGGCAUCUUGGAAAUCCAAGGUUCAAAGCCUUACAUUAAAAUAACACGAAAUACAGGUUUAGUUGUAAAACGCGGCGAGAACGGGCUUUUAACGGCCGAUAAUCUAACAGUAGAAACAAAUUUCAACGCUGAUACUGAUGAUAUAACUUUUAAAAUUACUUCAGCACCAAAGCAUGGAGAUAUACUUCUAAAUGGGAAGCAAAUCAAUCAGUUCACUCAGAAAGAUCUGCUAUCAGAGAAUGUUGAAUAUGAAAACGAUAAUAGUGUUAGUUUCCAGGAUUCUUUCCGUUUCUCUGCGUUCCUUGGAGACAGCACUGUUGAAGGCAAAUUCGAGUUUCGUAUUUAUCCUGAAAUUUAUUGGGAACCACUAAAGGUUAUUAGCAAUAAAUCUCUUUAUGUUGACGAAGAGAAGUUAGGAACCAUAGAUGCUUCUGUAUUAAAUAUAACCCAAAUAGAUAUCAAUACUAAUAAUAUAACGUAUACCCUUAAAGUGCCACCUAAAUUCGGUUUCUUAAUAAUUGGUUAUGUUCAAGAUUUUGAAGAUUGGAAAUCCGUUUCUAGAACGUCACCAGCAAAAAUGUUUACACAGUCAGACAUUAAUGAGCGACGUUUGCAUUAUUUUCAUACCGAACAGAAUGUUUCAGAAGAUUAUUUUACUUUUGAUGUGACCAAUGGAAUCACUAUGCUCAGGGAUUUAAUGUUUAACAUAAAAAUAAUUUCAAAGAUAAUAUUUUUAAAAACAAGUAACAUUACAGUCAUAGAAGGAAGUGAAGUGCCUCUCAAAAGCAGUGAUAUAGGAGUCAUGAAUCCUUACUAUGAAGACUGGAUUACAGAAUAUCUCAUUAUAGAAAAGCCCCAACAUGGUUACAUUACAUACAUCAAGAACAUUAGGUCAAGAAUAUCCAGGUUUCCCGUGUUGCACCUUAAAAGUGGAUUCAUUCAUUAUGUCCAUGAUGGCUCCGAGACGACUCGAGACUGGUUCACAUUGGUAGCUAACGCUACAGCUCUAAAUAAGGAGAGUGCCCCUAGCACAGUUCAUAUCCUUAUCGAACCUGUGAAUGAUGAAAUACCGCAUAUCGUCAAUAAUACAGGUCUGGAUGUAUGGGAAGGAGAUAUAACCGUCAUAACAAAUCGACAUCUUGCUGCUAUUGAUGAUGAUUCCGAUCCGUCUGACAUAAACUUUGUGAUUUCAUCCCCCAGCAAUGGUUAUCUGGCAUUGAAGAAUGACACUAAAACUCCUAUUCUGAGCUUUACUCAAGAAAUGAUUGAUCGAGGAAUGGUCACCUUUGUCCAUACAGGGGAGAAAGCUGGUGGAUUCAAACUACAGGUUAAUGACGGCGUCAAUUUUGAUUCCCCACAUGUGUUUACAAUCACUGCCCGAGUUCUUCAGAUUCUGCUUGCAACAAAUGAGAAGCUGAGCAUCUUGCCACGAAUGCAGCAGUCCAUAACAAAAGAUCACCUUUUCGUUACUACCACUGACCACGAUUUUACCAGAGUCAUAGAUUUCAAAGUAACUCGCCGACCAGAGCUAGGAAGGCUUCUAGUAGAAAAUCCUGACGGAUCUCUAAUGCCCGUCUCAGAAUUCACCCAAGAACAAAUCAACAGAAACUUAGUGUUGUACGAGCACAACAAGCCAAUGGUUGGGUUAACAUCAUCAGACAUGAUAAGGUUCAACAUAGAGACACAGAAUGCUCAAACUAUGAAAGAUGUCGAAUUCCACAUAGAGAUCUCUGUAGGUAAUUUUGCUGCAGGGAACGUAGACCAGCUUGUUGUAUUACAUCCAUUAGAGGUGAAGGAAGGUGGUGUGGCUGCUGUAGGUCAAGAACAUAUCGAUAUGUCACGCUUAUUCAGUCUUUGGCAAGGAAAAGUUAAAAGCGAAUUUGCAAAGAAACUCAAAAUAGUUCUUCAUGUGCCUCCUGUCAAUGGCUGGCUGGAAAGCAAAGAAGGAAAUUCUUCCUCCAUAAGUAAAUUCACAUUCAAUAGAGAUGAUAUUCGAAAGAAAAGGAUACGCUAUCAUCAUGACGAUUCAGACACUUUCAAUGAUAGUUUCAGUCUUGGUUUUUAUCUUACUGAUGAUAAGGAAUAUCCUGAUAUUCUCUUAUUUAAUGGUACUCUUAAUGUCAUAGUGUAUCCCAUCAACGACAAUCCAUUUAUGUUGUGGACUCGUACAGCUGUUCUCGAAGUUGUGCAAGGUCAAUCUCUUACUUUAGGUCCUCAUGUAUUAAACGUUUCAGAUGCAGAUGGAGUGCCGAAAGAUAUUGUGUAUGAAACUAUUAAAUAUCCAUCUAGCGGUAAGUUGGUUAUGGGCAAUAUUUCCGUUAGCAACUUUACACAGGAUGAUAUCAACAAUCACUUGAUCCGCUUUGUUCAUGAUGGAAGUAAAGAAAAUAGGAGUGCAUUUUCAUUCAAAGUAAGCGACGGAAAGCAUAAACAAGAUUACGCCGUAUUAGAUAUUGCUAUAGUUCCUAUAAAAUUGCAUUUGGUAAACAGAAGUGCCAUAGAAAUUCAACAAGGUUCAAGUAACGUAUUUCUGAGCCGCAAAAACUUGGGAGCCGAAACCAAUGCGUACAACGAAGAUAUAUGGUAUAACAUAACAUUUUUGCCAUUGCAUGGUCAUAUAUUCGUAAAUGAUGAUGCCAUGCGAUCAUUCAGGCAAAAGGACAUCAAUAACAAAUCUGUGCUUUAUAUACAAUCUGAUCUCACUGCUUCCGAAGAUUACUUCAUCGUUACUCUACAGAGCGGGAGCAAUAUCGUAAAAGAUGUAAUAGUGAACAUUACUGUUGUUCCCCACGUAAAACAAAAACCUCUUCUUGUCAAUGCCUCCGGUUUAACAUGGAUUACGUUAGAUGUCUUAAAUGCGACUGAACUUGCUCUGCAAACCGAGAGCAAUCCAAAAUACGUAGUCUUCAAAUUUCCUAGAUAUGGUGUUUUGAGAAAAUUAAACUCAAAUAAAUAUUCGAAACGAAGUUCUUCCAAAACCUUUGAGUUCACUCAUGAGGAUAUUGUGAAAAAACGUGUAACGUAUGAAGGAAAAGAUAUGGAGCUGAAAGGAAAUGUUGUUGACAGUUUUGAAUACAUACUUACUGCUCCUAAAGUUCAGCCAGCAAGAGGUAAAUUUAUUUUCAAUGUACAACCUUCCGUAUAUCAUAUAUCUACCUCUGGACCAUCAAAAGACUUAUCGACACCUUCUGUGAAACCACAGCCUCCUCCUCUCGUACCGGAUGUGGGCAAAACUGCCACCACCGCACCAGAAACAUCAAGUGGAGGAGUAUACCAACCCAGUAUCAGCAAUGACCAUUUAUUAAUAGCUGGCAUCAUCCUAGGCGUAGUUAUUGUGAGCCUUGUGAUCAUUAUUAUUGUAAAAUGCAGAUCUAUGAGAAAAGAAAGACGCAAGAAUCGGACUGGGCAACCUUGUUUCGGCCAUCGUCACAGCAAAAGCAAUGCCGUUGCUGGUUCUCACACAGCUCAGUCCGACCUUGACCUUUCUGAUCCUGUACCUUCUAACGGCAGCUUGUCUCUAUCUGAUGAUAUACCUCCUCCCCCUCCCCCACCGACAUCCCCUUCAAGCAGCAGUAGUCACCUCGGUUGUAUCGGUGGAGGAGGAACCCCUAAAAAUAGAACUCUUAAAAAGAAGGGCAAAUGCCUAGACGCAGAGCCUUCUUUACCGCCGCCCCCUUAUAUUUUAGAAAAUGGUGAGUGGACAGAGAUAAACGUUCCACUCCCCACGUGUAAAGUGACUCCUAUAUCUCAUGGAGACCAAGACGAAAUCAAUGAAACAACUCUUAAGGGCCCCUAUCUUCUGCGAGAUCCGAAUGAAGGAGAGGACUGGAGUAAUUACGAAGGAUCCGAAUUGAGAUUUGGGCCUCCCUGUAAUCCGGUGCUGAGGAAGAACCAGUACUGGGUAUGACGCACAAGCAAACUAGAGACUCAGUUAUAAAAUUCUUUUUAAUUAGAGUUUUAUAUAUUUCUUACUAUAUCGGUAGCAUUUAAUAUAUUGUAAUAUGAGGUGGCUCUAUGAUGUUCAUUCACGAGGUAUAUGUAAUGCAUUUAAAUAUUCAUUGCAGCUAAACUUCUAUAGUUAAGAAUUUGUAACAAGGGAAAUAGUUUUAAAAUGGCAGUACCUUAUUUUUUGUAUUUUCAUGGAUAUGGCUAUCGAGUGCUAAGAGGAAAUAAAUAUCACCAACAUAGCUACUAUUGUAUUAUCGUAGAAACUUAGAAACGAUAAAACAGGCAAUGUACUUAAAGGGGAAAGAAAAAUAUGAAUGAAUUUAAAUUAACGCAGUUUUUAUCCCCGAAGAUUUAGGCACAAAAAAUGAAGCAAAUAUAAGGCAAGUAUAUUUUUGCCAUAAUUAAAACACUUAAUAUGAUCACGUAAAAUUAUGCACUAAACCUUUUUUUUUUUCAGUGUGGAGUUAAUGAGAUAGAUUACGUCUAUAUUGUCUAAAGCCGACACUUAAGUCAUGAAAGUAAAUAUAUUUCCCUAAUUUUAUUCUUCACCUUUCCAUGCAAUUGCGCACGAGUGCGUGACUAAUAAAAUAUCUAUUAAGCUAAUGCAUUUAAUUAUCAAUUAAUCAAUUAAGUGAUAACUUUUACGAAGUAUAUGUAAACAUUUCGUUAGUCAAGCAAGUAUUUAAUUCCACACAAUGUAGCAGAUUGCUUAGGCUAUUGUUUAAUAGAAAGCAACAUAAACCAGAAUUAUGUAUGUACAGUAUUUAUGUAAUAAUGCUUAUGCAGUGUAUAUGUAUUAAACUAGAAAUGCGUUUUUUCGAUUUUAUAAACGAAUAUCAAGCAUACGGGAUUAGGAAAACAGUUUGCAAAAAGAUAUUUAAAAAUAAUGAAUUUUUUUAAUGUUAAUUGAGUCGGUUGCAAAAAUCUAUAAACUGUUAUGUUCUAUACACAAACACGCACCGAAUUACUGAAGACGAAAUUUGAACUUUAAUCUAAACAUUUUUAAGUACAUCCUCUUCGAAAAUAAUUGUUUAAUUUAUUUAUUAUUAAUUUGUAGCGUUGCGCGCCUCCAACUUGCACGCAACCAAGAGGUGACUGUUGAAACUGGAUAAAUGACAGAGUCUUGUUAAGGGUUUAAGUCCC